AUGCAGUGCGAACAAUGGGCGGCUCGACAAUUUGACCAGGCAGUUCUACCAUCUCUUUUUGCCGCUCCAUUUCAACAUGCUUCUAAAACGAUGGUGGACCCGAUGAAACAAAACCAUGCCAAAAUCCUGAGAAUGGCUGGGAUUGACGCCAAAACGAAGCGGGGUCUGUCGCCGAAUGGUAUGGCGAUCUAUCAGGAAGUGACUGCGAACAUGGACAAAUAUGACCGGCCGCCACAAAAGAAAGAUAAAAUCAGGGAAAAGCUAACGAAACAAGAAGAUAAAGGAAGCAAGAAGUCGGCGGCUCAACCGAAAGACCACCCGCGUGAACCAUAUACGAAUGUGCCCAAGGAUGAAUUCUGUAUGGUCGCCGAUAGAACGAUUGAAAUCGACAAGAAUGACCUGAUUGUCAAUCGUCUCCGUACACUCGGAAAAGGAGCAUUCGGUGCUGUUUACGCUGGAGAAUAUAGAGUAAAUUAUCAAAUUCUCAAUGAUCAACGUUUUUCUAUGUUUUUAUAUGGAUGGUAUGAGGGGGCUGUUGUGAUGUGA